GCGGCGCAUGGCCAAUAAUCGGCCAUCUCCACCUCCUCGCUGCCCCUCGAGCCACCUUCAAAAUCUUGAGGGACAUGGCAGACAAAUACGGGCCUAUAUUUCAAAUUAGGCUCUGUGCCCAACAAGUCUUGGGUAUGAGGAAGAAGGGAUCCGGACAGUAGUGGUGACGGUGAGGAGAAUCUUUGAAUUGAUGGGAGUGACUCUUGUGGGGGAUUACCUACCAUGGCUAAGAUGGUUGGACAUAGGAGGACAUGAGAAGGCCAUGAAGAAGACAGCCAAAGAGAUGGACACCAUAAUGGAAAGUUGGCUACAACAACAUAAAAGGAAAAGAAAUAUUACGAAAUCUAAAGAGGAAUUAGAAGAAGAAGAAGAAGAAGACUUCAUGGAUGGAUUGCUGUCCAGUUUUGAGGAUGACAAAGAUAAUAUUCCUAAAGAUUUUGAUGCAGACACAAUUGUGAAAGCCACUUGCAUGGCUGUGCUAUUAGCUGCCACGGAUACAACUACAGUAACAUUAACCUGGGCAAUUUCUUUAGUUUUGAACAAUUAUAGCGUGUUGGAGAAGAUUCGAGUUGAGCUAGAUACUCAUGUUGGGAGGGAAUUGAAAGACAUGUUAACAAAUCCGACCUAAACAACUUGACUUAUCUUCAAGCUGUUGUGAAAGAAACUUUACGUUUAUAUCCGGCUGGCUGGUCCUCUUUUAGUGCUGCACGAAUCUAUUGAUGAUUGCAUGGUCAAUGGCUACCACAUCUCAAAUGGUGUACGCAUAUUGGUGAAUGUUUCUGAGAUUCAUCGAGAUCCAAGAUUUUGGUUAGAUCCCAAUAUGUUUAGGCUAGAGAGAUUCUUGAGUGAACAUAAAGAUAUUGAUGUUAAGGGCAAUCACUUUGCGUUGAUUCCGUUUGGAAGCGAAAGGAUAAUAUGUCCUGGAAUUUCUUUAGCGCUUCAAAUUUUGGAGUUCGUCUUGGCUAGUCUAAUUCAUAACUUUAAUUUAAAUAGGAUUCCAAAUGAACCUAUUGACAUGACUAAGAGCGUUGGGCUGACAAUUAUGAAGAAAACUCCCCUCUAUGCUCUUCUUACCCCACGCCUACCUUCACAUGCAUCUCUACCGUUGAGU